GAUCACUAUUCACAUUUCAAAAGAAACAACCACUCACAAUCACUUUCUCUCAACGCCAUUAUUUAUUUCCUUCACAACUUUUACAACAACAAACUUCUCUUCUCAUUCUUCAACUUUAGCUCUCUUUUCAUUAUAAAAUGGAAAACGGGGAUCAGUUCCAGGAAUCAAAGGCUAAAUAUGAUUGUCUUUUAUUUGAUCUUGAUGAUACACUUUAUCCUUUAAGUUCUGGGUUGUCAGGGCACGUGACCAAAAAUAUUCAAGAGUACAUGCUUCAAAAGCUUGGGAUACAAGAGGAUCAAGUUCCUGAAUUAUGUGUUUCAUUAUAUAAGACUUAUGGGACAACGAUGGCAGGUCUCAAGGCAAUUGGCUAUGACUUUGACUAUGAUGACUUUCAUGGCUUUGUUCAUGGGAAAUUGCCAUAUAAUAUGCUAAAACCUGACCCUGUUCUCAGAGGAAUUUUGCUAAGUCUACCCCUUCCAAAAAUUGUUUUUACAAACUCAGAUGAGGCACAUGCUAAUAGAGUGCUACAAAGGCUUGGAUUGGAAGAUUGUUUUGAAAGAAUCAUAAGCUUUGAGACUCUAAAUUCCUUCAAAUCCAAUAUAGAUGGCAGUGAAUAUAAACAAAGUUCCAAAGGAAUUUUUGAUUUUUAUGAGUACAUUUCUAGGCCUAAUGUUGAUACUGUGCUACCAAGGACCCCUGUUAUCUGUAAACCAUUUCAAGAUGCAUUUGAUAAUGUUUUUAAGAUGACAAAUAUUGAACCUCAAAGAACAUUGUUCUUUGAUGACAGUAUCCGCAAUAUACAGACAGGCAAAUCCUUGGGCCUUAACACUGUCUUGGUGGGUACUUCCCAAAGAACAAAAGGAGUGGAUUAUGCUUUGGAGAGCAUCCAUAAUAUAAAAGAGGCAUUUCCAGAACUAUGGGAAGGUGAUGAGAAGACUAAAAGUGUCAAGUAUUCUACAAAGGUUGCAAUUGAAACAUCGGUUAUAGCUUAACUUAUACAUCCACCUUCCUCAUCUUGUGCUGCCUAAUAUUGUUUUGGCAUCUCAAUUUCACUAAUGUACUACUUGUUAUCAGAAUCUGUUUUAUCUAAACUAUUUUUUGUAUGCCUUAUGCUUUAAAUAAUUUUAUAUUAAUAUA